UGUUCUUUUGCCUUUCCAGGGAUUACCUUAAGCUUGAAACACCGUGGCUUUGACUGGCUCACCUCUGCAGAAUGCCCCACAAGAUCGGGUUUAUAGUUGUUAGUUCAUCAGGACACGAAGAUGGCUUCAGCGCGAAGGAGCUGAUGGUUCACGCACCGAUAGUGAAUGGAUGGCGAUCACCCAGACACUGUCAGUAUCCGCAGGAAAUUGUUCUGCAGUUGGUAGAGAGAUGUCGAAUACGAAAGCUGCAGUUGCUUGCUCACCAGUACAUGAUUUCAAGCAAAAUUGAGUUCUACAUCAGCGAAAGCUUGCCUGAAUACUUUGCUCCUUAUCAGUCAGAGAGAUUUCACAGACUAGGUUAUGUUCCUCUCUCAGACAAUGAAAAGACUGAUUUCAAAGCACGAGAGUUAAAGUCUGUGUACAUGGAUGCAGUUGGCCAGUACUUGAAGCUGAUUUUCCAUAAAAAUUAUGCCAAUAAAUACAACCUAUAUGGUCAGGUCGCCCUAGUAGCUAUAAACAUUAUUGGAGAUCCAGCAGACUACAGUAAUGACAGCACUAACAGUCCUUCCAGGGAGAAGCUGAUAGAUCAGUACUUAGGAAUUAAAUCGGAUGAUCCUGCUUUAGAUGGAACUUACUUCGGGAAACACGACUCCAUUUCACCUCUGGAUGAUCUGGCUUUUGACAUGUACCAGGAUCCAGAAGUUGCUCAGAUAAUACGUAGACUAGAUGAGAAGAAGCGGGGAGCUGUCCAUCACGAGCACUAUGAUUAUGCCAAGAAACUCAAACAAGCUAUUGCAGACCUGCAGAAGGUAGGGGAAAGACUUGGGAGGUAUGAGGUGGAGAAGCGCUGUGCUGUGGAGAAAGAGGAUUAUGAUCUUGCUAAAAAGAAGAAACAGCAAAUGGAAGCAUAUCGCCUGAAGGUGUAUCAGCAGCUGGAGCUCCAUGACCUGCUGGAUGCAGAGCUGAUGAUUAAAAAACCAUCUGAAUUGCCUUUGGAGCCUAUAACUCACACUGACAAUCUUCAGCCCAACAAACGUGCAACUUCACCUCCUUGUGAGCAUGCAGAGCCCCCUAAAGGAGAGUCGUGGAGAGCAGAGCCUCUGCUGGAAGAGAGGUCAGCAGAUCCUGCUUCUGCUGAGCCUGUUGUUCUCCAUCAGUCCCCUCCUCCUCCUGAGACUCAUCCCACAACCUCUAGGGAAGUGUUUCCCAAAGAAAAUAACAGCAACUUUUAUCUUCUUUGUUACGUUCAGUUUUUACCAUAUGAUGAGACACCUCUUCCAGCCAUCCGGAAACAAUCUGAUGGAGCCAUCGCGUACCUUGAGCCGGGGAUGGCUGAAGAGUAUAUUGAUGAUACUCCAAGAAGUAGCGUUACUGGGGAACCAGAACCAUUAAGUGAGAAGGCACUGAGGGAGGCCAGCCCCACUGUUGAAGUGUUUGGAGAAGCUUUGGUUUCAGGAGCAUUUUCCAAAACCUGGUCAUAUCGAGAAGAUGCAUUGCUUGCUGUGUAUAAGAAGCUGAUGGAAGUGUCAAUGACCACUCCAAAGGAGGACUUAAAGAACAUGCUGAGGGCUGCUAUUUUCCUUGUGAGGAGAGCCAUCAAAGACAUAGUGCCUUCGGUUUUUCAAGCGUCCCUGAAACUUCUAAAAAUGAUCAUUACCCAGUAUAUACCGAAACAUAAACUGGGAAAGCUGGAGACUUCUCAUUGUGUGGAAAAAACGCUGCCAAAUUUGCUUUCUAGAACAGGAGAACGUUCAUCUCGUCUUCGACUUGUGGCUUAUAACUUCAUUCAGGAAAUGGCACUGUGCAGUGAGGUCAGACCUCUUCAGAUUGUUCCAGUUCAUUUGGUUCAGCCGUUAAAACCCAACUCUGCAACACAUCUGGCAAUGAGUCAAGUGGAAUUAGUGCAAUGCCUCUUGAAAGACAUGGGAACUGAAAACUCCGGAUUUACCAUCAGCAAUGUCAUGGAGUUUGCAACAGGAGCUUUGGAACACCGAGUUUCUGAAGUCCGUGAUGUGGCAUUGCAGAUUAUCUUUGACAUGUACAGGAAGCACAGGGCUGCUGUACUGGAAUAUCUGCCUCCAGAUGAUGCAACCAUUCGUAAGACUGUUCUCUAUAAAACACUCUUUGAUGGAUUCAGCAAAAUAGAUGGAAAACUUUCUGAAGCUGAAAUCAGGGCACAGAGAAAGGCAUCAAGAGAAGAAGCAGAGAAACAGAAGAAGGAAGAAAUGAAGGUUCUGCAAGGUCAGCUGGCAAAGGAGAUGCAAGCAAAAGAUCAAGCUGGAAAGGAGAAAGACUCUGACUUGCCGAAGCUAAAAGCUCAAGGUUAUCAGGUAAAGGAAAGCCCACAGUCUGCAACAGUGGAGAUUCCAGACAGUCAUUCCUCUGUUGCAGAUUACUCGGAUAACUUAUGUAUUUUUUGUGGUGAAAGGGACGAAUCCUUCACAGAGGAAGGCUUGGAUCUCCAUUACUGGAAGCACUGCUGUAUGUUAACCAGAUGUGAGCACUGCAAACAGGUGGUGGAAAUACCCAGCCUGACAGAGCACUUGUUGACUGAUUGUGAUAAAAAGGACAGUUUUGGGAAAUGCCAACAGUGUGGUGAAGCCCUUCCAAAAGAUGAGUUGCCCAAACAUAUUAAGAGCAAGACUUGCAAUUCUGCCAAGCCAGAACACGUGGCAAACCAUUGCCCACUGUGCCAUGACAACUUUCCUCCAGGAGAGGAGGGCUGGAAAUCUCACUUGAUGGGCUGUAAAAUGAAUCAGCGGAGGCUCUCCAUCUUAAAUAAAACUCUUCUGGUGCAGCCUGGCAAAAUGGGUGGCCAGUGUUUGAGGAAACCAGGUCCUCCAGGAGCAAAAGCUCGAUCACCCUCUGUAGGAAGCAAGAUCCCAAUCCCAAGAGGGAGCCCAAAUAAAAUCAGUGGCAAAACAUACACAAAGCGAUGACAGGACAAGUAUUUUUUCCUUUGGCUUACAGUAGGUAUUUAAAAGGUGUGGGAAAUUCAGAUCAUCUUAUUUGUUUGACUCCACGGGCCUGCUGAGCAGCACUUGCCAGCCUGAUACCCACAGCACUGUGUCAGCUGCCUGUGCAGCAGUGGCUUUCUCCUAGAAAUGCUUCCACUGGAAACACACAGAUAUUUGGGGAUGGAUCCAGCCUGCCACAUUCCCUAAUGGAACAAAGCAGGCCAGGCAUUGCUCGUCGGUUCCUCAUAGGACACCGUCUCCCUGAUGAGAGUGGUGGUAACACACUUUGCUCUUGUUUCUAACACCAGUGUCUGUAAUUUGAUGAGUUCAGGCAUAUUGUUAAUGUCAAGAAUUAGCACCAAAGGAAAAAGCCAAAGGGCUGGUUGGAUAUUGCCAUAUGACCCGCCACCACAUGAACAUGAAGUGGCUGAUCUCUGUGGCCACUUGCUGCACACCAAGUGCCUUAGGCCUUUUGACCACAGGGUUAAGUUCAACCCUAAGCGUGCCCUUUGGUUCAUGAGAGUGGCCCCACAGAGCUACUGUAGCAAUCAAAGUCAUUCUUUAUAACCUCCCAGCUCAUUCCAAAAUAUACCCCAAGAAAUGGCCCCUCAAAGAAAAGAAAACCUUAGUGGGGCCUUGGAAAGCCUGACUUUACCAUUUCGACCUUUUUUCCUGCUUUAGUGUGCUCGCUCGCUUCUAAAUCCAGAAUUAUAUCCAGAUAAUCCUAAAUGCUGAGUUUCUCCAGUUAGAUCUUGAUUAAAAUAAGCAUCUGUAGGAUACAGCAUGUGACCAUUUAACAGCUUUGCAGAGAACAGAUUCUGCUCAGGCACAAUGUGUGGAGCUUCAUCCCUAAAGCAACCACCCCGAUGUUUCAACCUGUAACACUUAGGCCAGAGCUUUCCAAGGCAGAAUUCAGUGGUGGUCUGUGUCAGCACAGGUACAAGGAUGGGUGAGGAUGAUGACAGACUUUUGGGGGGUUGGGGUUUUUGCUACCAUGGAGUGAAUUUUGUAUGUUCUGCACUGAUUUUGUAAUACGCUUGGUUUCUAGUUUGCGGGCAGCCUCUCUGCAAGAGAAUGGAUGUCACAGGUACAUCAGUGUGCUUUUACUUUGGAAACCUUUCUACAGUUUCUUUAACUCUUCCAAAAUAUAUAUAUCCAUAAA